CAGGCAGAAAGGGGGCCCCAAAAUGGUCAUUUUGAUUAUUAUUAUCAUCGUGAUCUCUGGCGAAGGGGGGCCCGAUACUAAACGCUGGCCGGGGGCUGCCAGGAGUCUAGGUACGGCGCGGCCUGGGUCCCCGGCCAUGCGUGCCCUUUGCUUCUCGGCAGGAAACAGCCGCUCCUGCUGAGGAGCUGCCAGGACUUGGCUCCGCUGCCCCGUUGUACAAGGGAGAAAACAGUUGUCAUACCAACGCCGGGCCGCGGCAACAGCAGCAGCUGGAGGCAGCUGGGGACAGUCAUGCUCGUUAAGCUGUUGACGGGGUUCCAGCAACUGGAAAUGUCACCCACCCUCCAAUCGCCGCGGGAAGGGACUUUCUGAGAAAACCUCAUUCCUGAGCCCCGGAGCUCCAGCAGCUGCUCGCGGGAGGUCCUGCCCUCUGCCGCCCGCCCGCCGCUCGGAGCAGAAAAUACCGCGGCCAGGCCCUGCUGAAGGCCGUGCAAAACGCCAUUGACUUUGGUGGGACAGGGAUCACGCGGCUUCCUGCCUCGGACAGACAUGGGACAGCCCAGGGUGGAUGUGCUUAUUGGCACGGCCAGUCCUUCAGCUUGCUAUGCAGCGUGGGUGGGUGGCGCGUGGCCCGCGGCCGGACGGAGGGGCUGUCAUCGCGCUCCAGGCACCGGCAAAGCCGCCCCAAUGGUGCUCCUCGGCUUCCUCGGGGGCAUCAGCACUCGCUCCUCGGUGCCCGCACGCCCGCCACGCGCUGCCAGCCCGCGCCGUUCAACCCCUGAUUCGCUGCCCGCCCGUCCUGUGCCUCAUCCUGGGACUUCGCUGGAGCCGAGAUGCUGAAAUACUUUACUAGAAAGCAUGUGUCUGAAACCCCUUUAUCUGGAAAAGCUUAGUCAAGUGGACUGAAGCAGUGCACGCAUUUGUAUCGAUGUCUUGAAUUGCUUUGGUCAUUUUUUUAAAUCAAAACACAAAAUUGUCACGAAAAAGGUGUCGUGUUUUUCCAAUUCCAAGUGAAGUUUUAUUUCAAAUUCAUUGCACCGUUACUUAAAAAAACCCCGACUCAUUUUAAGGCCGUAGCAACAAAUGAAAGGUUUUGUUUCACAGCAAACAAGAUGUAUAGGCUGCUCGAUCCUGCUCCCGCGAGUGCCAGGAGGAGGGCUGGUUCCCUGCCCUUGAAUAAGUUGGUUUUUCCUUUUCUUCUGCAGGAAGACGCCAAAGAUCCCCACUCGUCCGUGGGCCUGAGCUCCCGGUGCCGCGGGCUCUGGAGCGAGUGCGUGUUUGACAUCGUGGCCAGCCUCCGGACAUGCGAUAUCCCCACCUCCUAUCUCAGCAAGCACCCUGCCGUCCUGGUGACCACUCGUGCGCUGGUGAUUGUGACUGGCGUCCUGUGCGUUGGGGCGAUGCCCUCCCUCGUCAUAGGAAUGAGAUGCACUCACCUGAUGAGGAGCAACGCCCAUCACAAAUACAAAUUCACCCUUGCUGCGGGGACCCUCUUCCUUCUCGGAGGUAAAGCCAACGUCCUUACUCGCAGCCAGUCCUAGGCCUGCACCCGCCUUCCUCCAGAGCUGCUCUCUAAGGCUGCCUGAGGCCUCUA